UCCGUGUUUAGUCAGCAAGCGUCGAUCAUCUGACGGCUUCAGUCUCUUUAAACGGAGUUUUGGAGUGUUUUGGAGAGUAUUUAAUCUGUUGAAGGAAGAGUUUAGAGUUAAGAUACAAAGUCAAUAGUUUUCUGCUGUAUAAAGCGUACUAUUCUCCACAUUAUGAGGCAGUUUUGUGUGUUUUGGUCGAUCUUCCUGCUGAUGUGCGUCGCGUUCAGUUUUUCUGAAUCAGAUCCAUCGACAACACAACAACCUACAACUGCUCCACCUGUGCGCAAACCAUGCAACACUCUGACUUCCUGUGAGACCUGCCUCGCCAACGUCUCGUGUCUGUGGUGUCUGACGAACAGCAGCUGCUCUGAUUAUCCAGUGUCGUAUAUCAUUCCUCCGUCAUCUGUCUGUAAACUCUCGCAAGCCCGAUGGGGCGUCUGCUGGGUGAACUUCGAGGCUCUGAUCAUCGCUAUGGCUGUGGUUUUGGGGGUUUUGCUGCUGGCCGUGACUGUCUGCUGCUGCUGCUGUUGUUGUAAACGCAGAUCAUCAUCCAGCUUUGAUCGUGACGAUGAGCAGUUCGCCCGCAGGAGAGAGGAGAUCCGACAGAGAGCAGACGAGCGGAGAGUGGAGAGGAAAACCAAACAUGAUGAAAUCCGCAAGAAGUAUGGGCUCAUCCCAGACUCUGAUCAUCCAUACAGCAAGUUCGAGAACGAGUAAAGAGCGCAAGUGUUUCCACAUCCAGCAGCAGCAGCAGCACAGGAAUCACUUGCUUCGCUUUGCUCUUUUGAGACACAUCAGAUCACUUUAGAUUAGAUGGAGCUGGACGGCAGCCCAUAUCCAGAUUACCUUGUUAACUCUUGCAUUGGUUAGUUAUCUCUCUCUCUGCUCUGAUUUGCACACUUGUUUUCUUUAGUAGCAUUACUCUGAAGGUGCAGCUGAUGAAAAUGGCCAAAGAGGCUGUUAGAAUGUGAGUUAUUAUUAUGUGUUUUUGUCUUCUGAUGGACAAUUUAAGUAGUAAACUGCAAAACAAGGCCUUUCUUUGGCUUUAUUCUAGUUCAAUUGUCUUAAAAGUCUUAAAUCAAGAAGCAUUUUCCAAGAAAUAAUAUGCCAAAAUGAAGCUAAAUAAUCUUCCAGUGGGGUAAGUCAAAUAAUAUUAUGUCAAAACGAAACGUUUUCUUCCCCCAUUGUCAGAUUAUAUAUCUUGUUUUAAAGAAAAGCUCUCUUCAUUUUGACUCAUCAAAACCUGUCUAGGUUUUAAGGUGCUUCUCGAUUUAAGACUUCUCAGAUAUUUGGACUAGAAACAAGACAAAAACUCCAAGUAAGAAAAGCUUGUUCUGCAGUGCGGUUCACCCAAAUAAAGGGCAAAUCCCUCAUCAUUUACUCACUCAACUCACACACAUCUUAAAUCAGCUUAUUAUUGCACAAGAGCAAUUCAUAACGAUCAAUAAUGUAAUUAAUAACACACUCUAUAAAGAAUCCAGUCAAAUCCAACUGUUGGGUUAUUUUUUACAAUUCAAUCUAAAUGACCAUAAUUGACCCAGUGUUGAGUUAAUACAACCCAGCAUUUCUUAAAUGGCCAUAACGGUUGUCCAUAUGAUGUGAACUCUCUCUCUUAAUCUUAUGAAAUCACAUUAUAUAUUCUGAGAGAAUUUGACCCAAGUUUUAUUUUCUAAUAACCCUCAAAACUAGAAAUUUAAACUUACUUUAUACACUCUAAAUAAGGCUGGGUUAUAUUAACCCAAUGGUGGGUGAAACACAGAGAAAGCAAAUGCUGGGUUAUUUUUAAAACUAACUUUAAACUUUUUGGUUUUGCCAUGUUUGACCCAGCAUUGGGUUAAAACAAACCGGCAUUUAUAAAAGUGUAAAUGUAAGUGCUAUAUGUAAAGGGUCGAUUUAAUCAAAAAUGAACAUUUGCUCACACUGAAUUUCAACGUUGGGUCAAAUAUAGACAAAUUUAACUGUUGUUAAUUUUUUUAAUUAAUAAAAAUUUUAUUUGUGUUUGUCAAUAUUUGACCCAAUGUUGAGUUAAUACAACCCAGCAUUCUUUAAAUUGCCAUAACAGUUGUCCACAUGAUGUGAACUCUCUCUUUCAGUCUUCUGAAAUCACUCUACUGGGAGAAUUUGACCCAACAUUUAAUUUCUGAUAAUCCUCAAAACUACUCAUUCAAACUUACUGAAUACACUCUAAAUAAUCCUGGGUUGUAUUAACAUAAUGUUGGAUAAAACCGGGACAAAGAAAAUGAGUUUUUUUUAUCAAAUUUAACCUGUUGGGCUUGUCCAUGUUUGACCCAGCAUUGGGUUAAAACAAACUGGCUUUUUUUCAUAGAGUGUAAAUUGCAGUAUAUGUAAUUUUUCAAAAUUGGAUUUAAAGGGUCAGUUCAACAUUUGUUCACACUUUCAUGAAUUUCAGUGCUGGGUCACAUAUGGACAAACUGAACUGUUGGGUUAAUUAAAAAAAAAACAUUUAAAUAACAUUUGAGUUUUUCCAUAUUUGACCCAAUGUUGAGUUAAUACAACCCAAUCUUAUGUAAUCACAUUAUAUAUUCUAUAAGAAUUUGACCCAACUUUUCUUUCACAAUAACCCUCAAAACUACAAGUUUAAACUAUUUUUUUCUAAAUAAUGCUGGGCUGUAUUAACCCAAUGGUGGGUAAAACACAAAGCAAAUGCUGGGUUAUUUUUUUAAGUUAAAUUUUAACUGUUUGGUUCCUCCAUGUUUGACCCAGCUUUGGGUUAAUACAAACUGCCAAAUUUCGUAAACUGCAGUAUAUUCAAAUAAUUCAAUUAAAAUGGGAUUUAAAGGGGCAGUUCACCCAAAAAUGAACAUUUGCUCACACUUGUAUGAGUUUUAAUGUUGAGUCAAAUAUGGACAAACUGAGGUUAAAUUUAAAAAUGACAUUUAAUUACAUUUGUGUUUGUCCAUAUUUGUUCAUAUUUGACCCAAUGUUGAGUUAAUACAACCCAACAUUUUAUUUUACAUUUCCAACACGGUGUUCAUAUGAUGUAAACUCUUUCUUUAAGUCUUUUAAAAUCACAUUAUACGUUCUGAAAGAGAAUUUGACCCAACUUUUAUAUUUUAAUAACCCUCAAAACUACUCAUUCAAACUUACUGAAUACACUCUAAAUAAUCCUGGGUUGUAUUAACUUAAUGGUGGGUAAAACACAAACAAAGCAAAUGCUGGGUUAUUUUAUGAAACCAAACAUAAACAGUUAUGUUUUUCCACAUUUGACCCAACCUUGGGUCAAUAUUUUUUUGCCAGUCUAAAUUGUCCAUAUAUUCAAUUCAUUCAAUUUAAAAGGGUCAGUUCACGCUAAAAUGAACAUUUGCUCACACUUUUAUGAAUGAAUUAUGGGUCAAAUAUGGACUUUUAUGAAGUUCCUUCCUCUGUUGAACACAAAACAAGAUGUUUUGAAGAAUGCUGGGGGAAAAGCAGCUAUUGACAUCCAUAGUAGGAACAAAAGAAAUACUAUGGAAGUCAAUGGAUGUUUAUUUUUUCCAUAAUGUCCUGUUUUGUGUUCAACAUUGGAUCAAAUUGACUAAAUGAUGACAGAAUGGUCGUUUUUGGGUGAACUAUCCCUUUAAGAAAUACAGCAAGACAUAUAAAUGACCUGAAAUGAGCUCUGUGUUGACACAAAACAUUACAAUGUCUUAGAAUAUAGCCUAUAAAUCAACUGGAAAAUGUUAUGAUGCUUUUGUGAAUCCCUGUGUGGCCUUUCUGUCAUUAUAAAGGCAAAAUUCUGCAACUGACUUGCAUGAAGAUAAUGAAAAUAUCCCAGAUACAAAUAAAGCAGCAUUAGAGCUUAGCAAAUGAGGAGUAGAGUUAAGAAAAGGUUUCAGAUGUUCAGUGAAUUGUCAUUUUUGUGAUUGAGUUAUGAUUGUAAAGUCUUUUUAAAUCUC